AUGCAGACAAUCAUCCACAACCUCGCGUUUUGUAUCUUUAACUCUAACUCCACCAUAACAGAACGGAAACCAAGAUUUCAAUUCUCUUCUUUUGUAACUGUUCCUCAAACUUAUUCAGUGCAGCAGAAAUUCUGGACAAGAGCAACGAAGAAACAGUUUGUUGCAGUUUGUGCAGCACCAUCAGAUGUUGAGACUUCUUCUAAAGAUGAGUCAGUUCUGGUUACGACAGUGGAGACUGUAAACAACAACGAAGUUAAGGUUCAUGUACAAGUAUCAGGAGAGAAGACUCAAACAGUAUUCAAUAAUGUAUUUGAGAAAAUGGUAGCUGCAGCUCAGCCAAUUCCAGGGUUCCGUAGAGUUAAAGGAGUUAAUAUGAUUGUGAUUUCUUUGAGUGAUUCUCUAAUGCCUUUCCUUUGCUGUUUCUCUUUUCAUCUGCUUAUCAACCUUGGAACUCCAGGGAAGACCCCAGAUAUACCGAAAGAUAUUUUGUUAGAGAUCCUUGGAUAUUCCAAAGUGUACAGGCAGGUGAUAAAGAGAUUAAUUAAUUCUGCUAUCGAAGACUACGUUAAACAGGAAGAUCUAAAGGUUGGCAAAGAGUUGACAGUGGAGCAAAGCUAUGAAGAUCUUGAAGAAACAUUUGAACCAGGUGAAAGUUUCAGCUUUGAUGCUAUUAUAAAGCUUCAAGAAGUGAGUUGA